AUGUGGAAACCACCAUUUCUAUUAGUGUUUCUCAAUUUGUUUGUUCCCGAUCUAAUUAUAGCUGGAGAUCUAUCUGAUAAUAAACGUUUAACGGAUAUUGUGGGCACGACUAAAGGUCCAGUUCGAGGAGAAAUAUUGACAACUGUCCCAUCAAACGUCUACUAUGCUUCCUUCAGUGGAAUACCAUAUGGUAAACCUCCUGUCAAAGAUCUCCGAUUUAAGCCUCCAGUGGCAGUCGACAAUUGGGAAGAAACAUUUGAAGCUGUAGAACAAACGAAACCUUGUCCACAGUUCAAAGGCCGGUUUUUUGGAGAUGAAGACUGUUUAUACCUCAAUAUUUAUACUCCUAAAACAACGUUUAAUUCGAUUGACGGUGACUUACGAGCUGUGGUGGUAUGGAUUCAUGGUGGAGCCUACAUGCUAGGAUCUGCCAGUCGUUCAGAAUUUGGUCCAGAUUUCUUCAUCGAAGAGAAUGUCGUGGUCGUAUACUUAAAUUAUCGUCUAGGUGCCCUUGGGUUUUUAUCAUUAAAUCACCCGAACGCCACUGGAAAUGCCGCCCUCAAAGAUCAAGUAUUAGCUUUAAAGUGGGUCCAGCAGAAUAUCCGGAAAUUCGGUGGUGAUCCAACUCGAAUCACAAUAUUCGGACAUAGCUCUGCGGCUGUUCUGGUAGAACUUCAUGCCAUUUCCGACAUGUCCAGAGGAUUAUACAACAGAUCGAUUUCUAUGAGCGGUUCCUCGUUGAACCCUUGGGGAUUGUCUUCAACAUCUGUCGCGGUGCAACAGGCACAACUUCUUGGCUCCCAAUUAUCACUGAGUACUGAUAGUACAGACGAAUUAUUGGAAGGACUAUACCACGCCUCAGCUCAAGAUAUCGUUAUGGCAACCCUAAAGUUAAUGAGACUCCAAACCAGCUUUAAUCUCCCGUUCACUCCAACUGUGGAAGAUGAAGAAGUAACGAAGGAUGGCUUCUUAACCGAAUGCACAUUUCACAAAUAUCAAAAAGGAGAAUUCAAUGAUUUUCCGUAUUUGAUGGGUUUCACGAAUGCGGAAGUGGCUGGUUAUUUCCCGGGGAGAAAUGGAAAAUUUCCCGGAGUUGCGGCAUUUGACAAGAUAAUCGAACGAGUGAAAACUAUUGUUAAUGAGUCGGAGGUUAUUUUGCCGGAUGUCCUCAAACGCUAUCAGAAUGGAAGAAAUGAAAACCUGGAUGAUUGGGAGAAUAUCAUUAAUGAAGCGGUGAAAGUAACUUCAGAUGUUUGGUUCACCCUGGGAAUCGAUCAAUCGCUAAAGUACAGAGCGAAAGGAACAGCUCCGGUUUAUUACUAUCGAAAUUCAUUCGCAGAACGAAACAUUCCACAUUUUUUGGAUGGCGUAGAAUUAGACGGCGUAGGGCAUACAGAUGAUCUUGCUCAAAUCUUCUGGACUCCAACUUCGACUCAAGAAACGAUUGAUCCGAUGAGUCCUCUCAGUCUCCAACGGAAGAAAAUGGUUAGAAUGUGGACAAAUUUCGUUAAGUUCGGAAAUCCUACACCAAGCGGAACUGCCGAUCCCCUUUUAAACAUCACGUGGAUUCCUGCUAGUCUCGAUGGAAAUUAUUUAGAAAUUAAUGCCAAUUUAACAAUGGGAUAUAGCCCGAUCACUUCUCUAGUCAAAACAUUGGAGACGGCCGCAAUAAAGAUGGAAGAAAAAUUGAACGGUUGUUCAAGAGACUAA